GGCGCUGCGGCGGCCACGGCUACUCUUGGGGUUGUCUCGGGCUGUGGCUGUUGGGCCGGCAUCUAAGGCUCGUGAUCAUGGAAUGGGGUUCGGAGUCGGCGGCCGUGAGGCGGCACCGUGUUGGAGUGGAGCGCCGGGACGGCCGAGCGGCCACCCCGCUAUGGGAGAGGGAGGCCGCGGCGGCGCAGGAGCCCUGGGUGGACGCAUGCGGCGGGGGCGCGAGGACGCGGAAGCGCAGCGCGGCGGGCAGUGGCGGCGCGAGUCGGGCUGCAGGGACCGGACUGUCUGAGGCGCGCGCUGCGCUGGGGCUAGCACUCUACCUGCUAGUGCUGCGGACGGUCGUGCAGCUUUCGCUGCAGCAGCUGGUGCUGCGUGGGGCCGGUGGGCACCACGGGGAGUUUGACGCACGCCAAGCAAGGGAUUAUCUUGAACACAUAACAUCUGUUGGUCCCAGGACUACAGGAAGUCCAGAAAAUGAAAUUCUGACAGUGCAUUACCUUUUGGAACAGAUUAAACUGAUUGAAGUCCAAAGCAACAGCCUUCACAAGAUUACAGUAGAUGUACAACGGCCUACAGGUUCCUUUAGCAUUGACUUCUUGGGAGGUUUUACGAGCUACUAUGACAACAUCACCAACGUGGUGGUGAAGCUGGAACCCAGAGAUGGAGCCCAGCAUGCGGUCCUGGCUAACUGUCAUUUUGACUCAGUGGCCAACUCACCAGGUGCCAGUGAUGACGCGGUUAGCUGUUCAGUGAUGCUGGAAGUCCUUCGCGUCUUGUCAAUGUCUUCAGAAGCCUUACAUCAUGCUGUCAUAUUUCUCUUCAAUGGUGCUGAGGAAAAUGUCUUGCAGGCCAGUCAUGGUUUCAUUACUCAGCACCCCUGGGCCAGCUCGAUUCGUGCAUUUAUUAACCUGGAGGCAGCAGGUGUAGGAGGGAAAGAACUUGUAUUCCAAACAGGUCCUGAAAAUCCCUGGUUGGUCCAAGCUUAUGUUUCAGCAGCUAAACACCCUUUCGCUUCUGUGGUCGCUCAGGAGGUUUUCCAGAGUGGAAUUAUUCCUUCAGAUACUGACUUUCGCAUCUACAGGGAUUUUGGGAAUAUUCCAGGAAUAGACUUAGCUUUUAUUGAGAACGGAUACAUUUAUCACACCAAGUAUGACACAGCGGACAGAAUUCUAACAGAUUCCAUUCAGAGAGCAGGUGACAACAUUUUAGCAGUUCUUAAGUAUCUAGCCACAUCUGAUACGUUGGUUUCUUCCUCUGAGUAUCGACAUGGGAACAUGGUCUUCUUUGAUGUACUCGGCCUGUUUGUUGUUGCCUACCCAUCUCGUGUUGGCUCGAUAAUUAACUGCAUGGUGGUAAUGGUGGUGGUUCUGUACCUGGGCAAAAAAUUGUUGCAGCCCAAACGUAAGAUGGCUAACUACACGAAGGACUUCUUCUGUGGAGUGGGCAUCACUCUGAUAAGCUGGUUCACUAGCUUGGUGACCGUUCUCAUUAUAGCAGUGUUCAUCUCUCUGAUUGGACAGUCUCUCUCAUGGUAUAACCACUUCUAUGUCUCCGUUUGUCUUUAUGGAACUGCAGCGGUAGCCAAAAUAAUACUCAUACAUACCCUCGCAAAAAGAUUUUAUUUUGUGAAUGCCAGUGACCAGUAUCUGGGAGAAGUCUUUUUUGACAUCUCGCUGUUUGUGCACUGUGGUUCCCUUAUAGCUCUCACUUACGGAGGAUUUUGCUCGGCAUUUCUUAGUACUGUCUGGGUGGCGUUUCCGUUGCUCACAAAGCUUUGUGUGUACAAGGACUUGAAGCAGCAUGGUGCCCAAGGAAAAUUUAUUGCCUUUUACCUUCUGGGGAUGUUUAUUCCUUAUCUUUAUGCAUUGUACCUCAUCUGGGCUGUAUUUGAGAUGUUUACCCCCAUCCUUGGGAGGAGUGGUUCGGAAAUUCCACCUGAUGUUGUGCUGGCUUCCAUUUUGGCUGGUUGUACGAUGAUUCUCUCUUCCUAUUUUAUUAACUUCAUCUACCUUGCCAAAAGCACAAAAAAAACCAUGCUGACUUUAACUUUGGUAUGUACAGUUACAUUCCUCCUCGUUUGCAGUGGAACUUUUUUCCCGUAUAGCUCCAAUCCUGCCAGUCCGAAGCCAAAGAGAGUGUUUCUUCAGCAUAUGACUAGAACAUUUCAUGACUUGGAUGGAAACAUAGUUAAGCGGGACUCUGGAAUAUGGAUCAAUGGGUUUGAUUACACCGGAAUGUCUCACGUAACCCCUCACGUUCCGGAGAUCAACGACACCAUCCGGGCUCACUGCGAGGAGAGUGCGCCCCUGUGUGGUUUCCCGUGGUACCUUCCAGUGCACUUUCUGAUCAGGAAAAACUGGUAUCUUCCUGCCCCAGAGGUUUCCCCGAGAGAUCCUGUUCAUUUCAGACUCGUCUCCAAAGAACAGACACCCUGGGAUUCUAUAAAGCUGACCUUUGAAGCAACAGGACCAAGCCAUAUGUCAUUCUAUGUUCGAACUCACAAAGGGUCAACACUUUCUCAGUGGUCUCUUGGCAAUGGCACCCCAGUCACAAGUAAAGGAGGAGACUACUUUGUAUUUUACUCCCAUGGACUCCAUGCCUCUGCCUGGCAGUUCUGGAUAGAAGUCCAGGUCUCGGAAGAACAGCCCGAGGGAAUAGUCACCGUGGCCCUCGCUGCUCACUAUCUUUCCGGGGAAGACAAGAGAUCCUCCCAGCUGGAUACUCUGAAGGACAAGUUCCCAGACUGGACGUUUCCCUCGGCCUGGGUGUGCACCUACGAUCUCUUUGUGUUUUAAUCUUGUGGAUGAGCUCUGAGUACAUGUCUGGGGGAGACUUCCUGUGCCACGGUUUCUCCCUCUGCUACAUGGACGUUUGUCACUUAAGUCGGUGGAUUUUAAUGAGCAGACUGUCAAGAGAGAGCUUUGUGGGCCACCACCACUCUCCAGGCCGAGCACCGUCACGGUUACACGGGGGGCAGUGAGGCAUGGCCUUUUUGACACUUGAAAAUGCCAGUUUUCUGGCACAUAAGCACAUGUGGGUACUGCCACUACACUAACAUGUCACUUUAUAAGCCCUUAAGGACAAAAGCCAAGAAACCACUUCAAUAGUUGUCCCCUUAGGAUCACAAAAGAUGCUGAAGAUAAUGUAAGACCACUGUUAAUGAGACAAAUGACAUUUCCAGUUAAAGCCCAAGACCAUUUAUUGUGUCAGUGGAUGGUGGGGAGAAACCACAUCCACUCGAGUGAUAGUCUCUAGAAAGCUCUUCAUCAGCAAGCUAUUACCAUAAGCACCGGGGAAGAUCCACUGGGCUUUCGAGGGCCCAGCCUGUGCUGGGAGCUGUGCUUCUUCAGGCUGCAUCUCUGGUGGAGCCCAGGACCCCUCAUGGGCAAAACUGUGCUGAUUGGUGACGCCUGGCCUUGUGAUAGCUGGUCACCAAGAUGCAUCAUGGUGAUGUCUUGCUCAGGUUUGCAAAGCCCAUUUCCCUCUGAAACCUGUCUGUCCCCCCUCUCUACCAGUUUGAGGAGAGGAGCAUUUGUCCAGCUAUAUUCUCCUGUGGGUUUUCACAGGUUCUUUUGGUUCAGAUUGUACAAGUAUACAACCUUCCUUCCAGCACUGAGGUCCCAUGGUGGCUAUUCUGGGGCAGGGGGCUUGGGAGUGGCUGAGCAUUUUAUAUUUAUACUGUUUGUUUUGCAGGAGUUUUCUGUUAUCCACGGUUAAUCUUUUAGGGCAUAAUUUUAUUGAUGCAUAGGGUCCUUGUUUUUUAGCCACUUGAACAGAUUGGUUUCUCAGUAACUUAGCUCUAGUAGGGCUGGCUUUUCUGAGACUUGAGGUGUGGCUUGUAGUGGAAUGAGAUCCCUGUACGUACAGCUGGUGGGAUUCAGAUCCUGCAUAAUGGCAGUCCUGGGACUUAAAGGUGCUUUUCAUUUUGAAGAAGAUGGCUGUUUAGCUUGUGAGGCCUAUCACAGCAGUGGAAGGGUUUGGUGAGAUUAGUGGUAAAUUUUCCUUUUUUUUCCCAUUAAGAAAUGUAAAAAAACACAAAAUUUUAAAAAAUUUUUUGGACAAACUUUGAGUUUAGUAAACAUAGACCAAAAAGAACAUUUUAAAGAAAAGCCAUAGUAAAAAUUAAAAAAUUGGCACUUGGAUCCAUCUUAGGAAGAACAAAGUAAGCACACCACAGGAGGAAAUUCUUGAAGCUGCUUGUGUGACACGUACAAUGAUUUCUUAGUCAUGCUCCUCAUUGCCUGCCUGAUUUGUGACUCUCUAAAAGACUGACUGGGCCCCCACACACAGCAGGGCUACCACCAGAGCUGAAUGGUAAUGAGCUGGCUGUGACACGCAUGGACACUGGAACCAUUCCUUUUUUCUUGACUUUGUAGAAACCAUGUAUUACUCAUCUCAAGUAAUUCAGGUUUCUGGCUCCUACCAUUUAUCUGUGAGGCCAGAGGAUUUCUGAAUGUGUCAGGUGGUAUAUAAAGUUUGCAGUGUUUAUAGCUUGUAUAGAAUCCUAAUUGUGGUGGUGAAACAGUAAUAUCUCAGUGAAUUUCAAAAUGUAGUCAGUUCUCCUUAUCUCCAGGUUCGUAUCCACAGAUUCAACUAACCACGGAUAGAAAAUACUUGGAAAAAAUGUUACAUUGUUGCUGACAUGUACUAUGUAGGUGGCUAUAAUGGUUGCAUCUGUACUAAACAUGUACAAACUUUUCUCCUAGUCAUUCCCUAAGCAAUACAGUAUUAACAACUAUUUACAUAGCAUUUACAUUGAAUUAUGUAUUAUAACUAAUCUAGAGAUGAUUUAAAGUAAUACAGGAAGAUGGACAUAGGUUAUAUGCAAAUACUACUACACCAUUUUAUAUAAGGGAUCUGAACAGCCAGGAUUUGGGUAUUCCAGGGAGGUCCUGGAACCAACCCCCUGUGGAUUUUGAGGGAUGACUGUACAGGCAUAGUUCUGUCCCUGUGGUUAAUCUGAAAUUGAUUACUAGAAAUUUUUUAAGAAGCAAAAUCCAAGUGUUGAGGAAGAGACUUUGUAUGAAACACAAAUAGUUCUGUGACUUUUUUUUUUUUUUUUUACUAUGGGACGGAUGUUGUUAUUCCUUUCCAGUAAUAAUCAUGUUUUUCUUUCUACCUUUGGGUUAUAUCUUUAUACAUAAACAAUUCUCUUUUGUCUUUGGGUUUCUUUAGCAUUAUAAAGCUUUGAUGUUAUGCAGGGUAACAAGAUGCUCACUAGUCUCUAGGCGUGGAUAAGAUCCUGGGAGAUUGUUUUAAUGCUGGAAAUGGUUAAGGAAUUACAAUAUUCAAAGCUUUGUUACUAAGUAGUCACUGAGGUUAAAGAACUUACAGGUUUUUGUUUUUUUCUUUCAGUAUCUGAUCAUUUGAAUAACAUUUCUAAAAAGGUUAUUUCCUACAGAAUUUAAAUGUAAGUAGCAGAGUACUGCACAUUCAGGGAAAGUGUAAAGAAUUGUGAUUUUGAAUAAGUUCUUUCUUAAAAUUUAGUGUCAGACCUAUGAAUGAUUGUUGCAUGAAGCAUUUGUUUCCACAGUUUAGCAGAUAUUAAUAAUAAUCAUGAUAGGAUUCCUAAAAUGUUGUCACUGAGGGGGGCCAUAAACCAGUCUCUCCUGACUCACGAAGCUUUGGGAAGAAUGAUUAUGUCUGUCCAUUUCUUUUCACUGGUUUGCUGACGAUUAAUUGUUGCCUUACAAUGUUACUGAAAUAAACUUUUUAAUGUCUUAGUAUCUUUAACAGAAAAACAGAUCUUUAUUAAUUGUCCUGUAGCUUUAUAUUUGAAGGGUUAUUUCAAGUCUACAGAGCCUUUUAAAGCCUUCUUUUAAAAGAAUUGCUGUUAAAAGACCUAGCAGGCUCAUGUGAGUAAAGAACUCAUCAUGGAAAUGUUAUUUUACUUCAACUGGAAUCCUUUUUGCUGUGUAAUGAGAUUGUGCAUGUGAAUUACACAGAAAUUAAUGACCUUUUAUUGGGUAAAUGUUGAGCUUCAGCAUAUAUAAGAGUUUUAAAUCACUGAAGCACUAACAAAGAUGGAUGUUCUUUUGUUGGUAGCUAAGGGUAGGAGGGAGGGAAGAAGAAAUUAUCUUUCAGCUGGAGAGUGACCACCGCUCACUCUAAUCUCCACCAGCAACCCCAUAAAGAGCACCCACAUCCCUGUGCAAAUUAUUUCACUUUCUGAGUGAAUUCUCUCAAAACAGUUCAGAACAAGGUGAAACAGCUGAAAACAACUACUUCUAAUACACCUCGCCACCUUUUAGGGCCAAUAAAGCCAAAAUGCACUUAUGCCUCUUUGUCUGUUUUUAUUUAAAAAGUAUCCUAGCCAAUUUUGAAGUACAUCAGUAUAUUUUUUUUGACACUACUACUGCCUUA